AUGGCACUUCUCGGAUCCAACAUAGCCAGCGAGGUAGGUUUACGAUUGCUCCUUUGCCCUCUCGGUUCAAACAUUGUUCUUCGAACAGCAUGUUGUUCUGUGGGGAUUGGUAUACCAGUAUACUGUACAUGCAAGGCAAUUGAGAGGAAAGAUCGUAAUGCACAAGAAAAGUGGCUUUUAUAUUGGGCAGCUUAUGGAUCUUUCAGCCUUGUGGAAAUAUUUUCAGACAAGCUUAUUUCUUGGUGCCCAAUGUACUAUCAUUUGAAGUUUGCCUUUCUUGUUUGGCUCCAACUUCCAUCUGUCGAUGGAGCAAAGCAGUUGUACACGAAUCAUCUACGUCCAUUCUUUUUGAAGCAUCAAACUAGGGUUGAUCGAGUUCUGGGACUCACAUAUGGUGAAUUGCACAAACUCAUUAGUGCACACCAAGCGGAGAUUGAGUAUGCUAGGGCUGUGGUGAUGAAAAUUUUGGGUUCAGACCCGAGGCCUAAUUCUGACAUACCACGACAGAAUGCAAUAGAAGGCCAGGCAAGAAUAGCCCCAGUUUCGGAGUCUGAUCAUGAGGAUUAG